AUGGAGCAGAAACACAUGGCGACCUUGUUACGAGCAUUCCGCGUCGACUGCUCUGACCUCACCGUUAUUAACGGGUUCGAUCUCCCACCGGACAAAGCAACAGUAGAAGAGUUCCGAGAGCUGGUGGCGCCGUUCAAGGAUGGUGGAGCAGAGAAGCGAGGCCUUAUCAAUGAUGAAGAAAUGCAAAAUCUUCAUCAAAAAACCAGUCGUUACCUACGAACGAAGGAACUGCUUCAUCAGCAUAGUAGCAAUGCAGAUCUUGUCAUAGUGACCCUACCGAUUCCUCGCCGAUCUGUCACGUCAGCUUCUCUGUACAUGUCAUGGUUGGAAAUGAUGAGCCGAAAUCUUCCGCCAACGCUUUUUGUCCGAGGAAAUCGAACAUCUGUUUUGAGUUAUUUCAAAUAA